ACUUUCCACUCCUGAUUAAGUUCUCCACUACCAAAAGUACGCUAAGAACUUCUCAAUCACGGGUCUAAACCAAUCAACACUAGCAAUUAUCAAUCCCAUUAAAAGAAAUAAAACCAACAAUUGGUUGCCAGUGUGGUACUCAUUUCCAUGAUUCCACUUACAAGUUGGGACCCCAUCAGUUGGCUGGGGCAUAGAAAUUUAAGUUCGUAACCACUGAAAGAAGGUAUUAAUGCUCGCUUGCUCACCUCAAUUUAGGGGGAAAUAAACCCCAGUUCCCUGUUAAGGAAAGAGCAAAGCAGAGCAUUCAGUAGUAUAUUCUCAUUCUCAUCUCUGCUACCAUUUUCUCCACUGACCAAGUGUUCAACCAAAGUACCACUUCUCUCAGGUUGUGCAGGAAAAAAACGCAAAGGUGGCUAUGGGGCCUAGACUUCAGAUGGGAGGAAUGUACAAGAGAUUGAAGCCGCACCUUCUCAUGACUCUCGCUCAGAUUGGAUAUACCUUGCUCUACUUCAUCACUGAAGCUUCCUUCAACCGAGGAAUGAAUCCCCAUGUCUACAUAACAUAUCGACAUCUCGUUGGUGGCGUCGUCAUGCUGCCUUUCGCUUAUUUUCUUGAGAGAACAAUCAGACCAAAGUUGACAUGGGCAUUAUUUCUAGAGAUUUUUGUGCUUUCUCUUCUAGGGGUCAGCCUAACUUUGAACAUGUACUUCGCGAGCUUGAAAUAUACAUCACCAGCAUUUGUUUCUUCCAUGGUUAACACAAUUGCUUCCAUGACAUUCGUGAUUGCUGUUCUUCUGAAAUUGGAGAAACUAGAUGUUAAGAGCCCUCGAGGGAUGGCGAAGAUUGUGGGGACUGUAGUCUCCCUGGCUGGAGUAACAAUAAUGACGCUGUACAAAGGGGCAGCGAUAAAGAAUCUAUGGGGAGCACAACUUCAUACUCAAGGAAGUGUAGUCCAUGGAAGAUGGUUAGAGGGAUCAACUCUUACGGUAGUGAGCUGCAUCACGUGGUCCAUAUGGUAUAUCAUGCAGGCUGUAACCUUAAAAAGGUAUCCAGCACAACUUUCACUUACCACAUGGAUGAAUUUCGUUGGGGGAGCACAAUCAGCAGUUUUCACUGCAUGCAUAGCACACAGACCAGCUGAGUGGACUGUUGGGCUUGACAUAAACCUUUGGAGUAUUUUAUAUGCUGGAGUGGUAUGCUCUGGUUUGAUAAUAUUCAUUCAGCUGUGGUGCACAGAGGAAAAGGGUCCUGUAUUUGUAACAAUGUUCAAUCCUCUUUCAACAAUACUAGUGGCAGUUCUAGCGUAUUUCGUUUUUGGUGAGAAACUAUAUGUAGGAAGCAUAAUUGGAGGAGUUGUAGUCAUUAUCGGUCUCUAUUUGGUUCUGUGGGGAAAAGAGAAAGACCAAGACUUAGAUGCAGACUCUCAAAAGCUUCCUUAUUCAGCUAAUAGCGAACUAAAGGGAGCAAUUGAUGAUUCAGGAGGAAAAGGUGAGAACUUUCAGGGGACGUAGAAGCCCGAAAUGAUGUAUACCUGAAAGCUUUAAAUUCUUUAUUUGCUAUGUCAAACGUUUUCAGUUGAGUAUGUUUCAUCA